CACACCCAGGGGCUCUCUCUUUCUCUUUUCCUCUGACAUGUUCUACUCGGAGGCCAUUCUUUCCCGGCGCGGGCCGUUAGCCAAAGUAUGGCUCGCGGCCCACAUGGAACGCAAGCUUUCAAAGACACAGACACUACAGACAGACAUUGAGCAGGCUGCAGGGGCCAUUAUGGGCCAGGAGGUUGAGGUCAUGGCCCUCCGUCUCAGUGGCCAGCUGCUCCUCGGUGUCGUCCGCAUCUACAGUCGCAAGGCCAAGUACCUCCUCGACGACUGCAAUGAAGCUCUUCUCAAGAUUAAGAUGGCGUUCCGCCCAGGAAUUGUCGACAUGUCAGAGGACCAGUUGGUCGUGAACCGGAAUGCCAUCACGCUCCAGGGCGGAAACAUGGACUUGGACAUCAUGCUCCCGGAUAUCAACUGGGACUUCGACUUUGAAGAACGACUCGCCGAGCCGCAAGGCGCGCACGUAGCCCGCAGGGCAGACAUCACCCUUCCCUCAGCCGAUGACUUCCAACUCGACCUCGACGACCCCGGAUACGGCUUCGACCUUGGUCCUUCAGACGGCAUAGGCUCCCAGGACUUCGGCGAGAUAGACCUCGGAUUGGACUGGGGAGAUGGGCCGGUCAGUGUUGUAAACGACGCGGCAAGCAUUGAAGUCGGACGAGACGCCGCCACGCCGUUUAGCGCUCGCGAGUCUGUGCGCUCCCACCUUCUGGGGGAAGUCGGCCUGGAGCGGGUCGGUGGCGACGAUGCGGACUUUUUCUCAGUCAAGAGCCGGCAGGCGUCGGAGAACCCGUUCAUUGACGACAUGGAUUUGGAUGCCGGCUUUGGGCCGGAGAUCGCGGGUGUGGAUUUUGAGCUGGGUAUUGACUUUGGUGAUGGCCCGCCGCCGCCUCCCAGCGAGCAUGCUAAGACUCCAGAACAGACCAGGUCACCCAGUAGAAUGUCCUCUCCCUUGACUGAGCCUCCUGCCACCCCUCCUCCCGAUGUCGAACUCACACCACGUGCCGCCGCUCGUGCCGCGGCCCAGGCUGAAGCCGAUGCCAAAGCACGCCGCAAACCCAAAGAAAAGAAACAAAUCAUCGACUCCGUUAUUGAGCUCCAAGACGGGCCGGGGCCCGGUGGGCGCGGCCGGCGCGGCGUAGGCCUCGGCGCACCCACCACGCAGGAUGUAAGCGAGAUCGUGACCGAACAGCACUUCCUCCCGCGCUCAGCAAUGAUGAUGCGCUUGCUCGAGAUCCGCGACGACCCCAUCGCGCAUUUCCUGCCGACAAAGACCACCCCCAAUGGCACGUUCUUCUACGCGGGCCCGCCCGGGCUCGCACCGGAGCUAAACGAUCUGUUCCUGCGCCCCGUCGGCAACAACCUUGCUUCGCGGAAGCGCGGGGCGUCGCCGGACAAGAGCCAGCGGAAGAAACCUAAGACCGGUGGUGAGGUCGAUGAAGAAGAGGAGAAUGACCUGCCUGGUCAGGCAAGGCGAGCGGGUAGCGCUGCGCCGAGCCACAUUCUGGGCAGCGAGAUGCUCGGUGGACCCGAGGGCCUCGACUUCCCCGACUCGGGCGCGCCGAUGGACGAUUUCCAGAUGGACGUUGGCGAGUUCCCGCCUGCGCAUGACGACCUCGGGGCCAUGGGGCCUUCGGCUGGGCCCGGCCGUGCGAGGUCAAAGAGCGCGGCGCCGUCGACGCUCACGCGCAUGUCGACGCCUGCGGUGGGCGAGGAGGAGGGCGAGGAGACGUAUGCGGACCUGACGUGCCCGAUCGCGUCGUUCGACGAGCGGCCGUCACAGCAGUCGCAGUCGCAGGCACAGACCCAGCCCGAAGAGGCCGGCGGCAAGGAAGGGAGCGGGUAUAGCCGCAACACCGUGAAAGCGAUCAGCAUCAUCCGGCGCGAGCUCGCGCCCGAGGCCGCGGACGAGUCGUUCGGCGACGGGGAGAUGGAGACGCGCGCGACGACGGAUGAGAGCGGCGAGCGCGUGAUGAGCUUCGCGACAAUGUCCGAGAAGGCGUCGCGACGCGCGGCGAGCGCGUUCUUCUUCGAGAUGCUCGUGCUCGGCACGCGCGACUGCAUAAAGCUCUCGCAGCCCGCGGCGUUCGAGAACAUCGAAGUGCGCGCGAAGGACAGGCUGUGGGACCGACAGAGGCACGCGUCGGCGGCGCCGUCGAUUAUUUCGGGGCUGGGAUCUUGAUUUGUUCCUUUGUUUCCCUUGUUUCUCUUUGUUUUCAUGCUUUUUGAUUAUGUCCUUUCUUGUUCUCUACCCCGUUUUACAUGACUUACUACUCCAGACUCGGAUGCACACGACGGUGGAAAUAUCGGAUGUCUUGGUUAUUUAGCAGUUUAGGUAGGUAGAAACACAUUACAUUGCUAUCCCCCGACAACGUCGUCGUUGUCCCAACUCCCAACUACCGUUUAUCUUGCUUUUUUUUUUGUCUCGUUCUGCGUUUAAGCUUAGAUAUACGACAUGAUGUUCUGUAGCGGUAGUACGUAGCUAGUCUGUCGCGUUUUGAAU